AUGGAAGCAGUUACAGAUGGUACAGCCAAUCAACCAGAACGAAACUUCGAUCUUAAUGCUGAGGUCAAAGACAACAAUGAAGACACGAAAGCUGCAGCAGCAGCCGCGUUGCCAGCUUCUUCAGCAAUAGGUCCUGUGCCUGCUGGCCAAAGUUCGUCCACGGCACCAGAAACCACCACCCACGAAGAAUAUCCAGGUUGGUCGCUUUCAGAAGUCGACAAGAUGGCUAUUGAUCCCUUACAGCUGGCCCAGAUGAGCACGAGGAUGGACGAAGAGGAAGAAGACUAUGACGAAGAAGGAUGA